CUCUGCCAUCUCCUCCCUCCUCCCUGUCCCCUCCCAUUCCCUGGCGGUCCCUCCCGCCGGACCCGUCCCGGCGCUGUCCCCGCGGGCUCGGGCCGGACCAUGGCGGAGCCCCCGCGGUCCCCGCAGUCCCCGGGCCCGGCGCUGCCGCUGCGGGCGCGGCUCAGCUUCGCGUGCGGGCACUUCCUGAACGACGCGUGCUCGGCGCUGUGGUUCACCUACCUGCUGCCCUUCCUGCACGCCGUGCUCGGCUACGGGCACGGCGCGGCCGGCGGGCUGCUCCUGGCCGGGCAGGCGGCCGACGGGCUCUGCACGCCCCUGCUCGGCUUCGAGGCCGACCGGGCCCACGGUUGCGGCCGCUGCGGCCGCAGGAAGGGCUGGCACCUGGCCGGCACCACCUGUGUCCUCGUGUCCUUUCCCUUUGUCUUCAGCCCCUGCCUGGCCUGCAGAGACAGCACUCCACAAUGGGCAGCCUUCAUCUACUACCUCCCCUUCAUCAUCAUCUUCCAGCUUGGGUGGGCAGCCACACAGGUGUCCCACCUGGCCCUCAUCCCCGAGCUGGUGAGCAGUGACCAUGGGAAGGUGGAGCUCACAGCUUUCAGGUAUGCCUUCACUGUCAUGGCCAACAUCACUGUGUACGGCCUGACCUGGCUCCUGCUAAACUUCCAGACGGAUCAGCCCGACCACACGGAGCACCUGGGCCCACAGGACAUCCCUGUGUUUCGGAACUUGGCCCUCAUCGUGGUGGGGCUGGGGGCCGUGUUCUCCCUCAUCUUCCACCUGGGCACCAAGGAGAAGCCGUACCCACCAGGGGUGCUACCCGAGCCAGAGGAGAGCACCCCGCUGCUGCACAAGGAGCCCUCGGGCCCCCCACACCCACUGCUGCUCUGGAAGGACUGGCUGCUGGAGCCCUCCUUCUACCAGAUCGCAGUGCUCUACAUGGCCACCCGCCUCAUCGUCAACCUGUCCCAGACCUACAUUGCCAUGUACCUGACCAACUCGCUGCUGCUCUCCAAGGUGGGUGCAGGGCAGGUCCAGGGGUAUGUGAGGUGUCCUGAUGUGGCCUGGGGCUCAUCUCCCUGUCCUUGUCCCUUGCAGAAGUACAUUGCCACCAUUCCCCUAGUGAUGUACGUCAGUGGGUUUCUCUCCUCGUUCCUCAUGAAACCUGUGAACAAAUGGAUUGGUCGGAAUCUGACUUACUUUGUGGGCAUCCUGGUGGUCCUGGCCUUUGCCUCCUGGGUGGCCCUGGCCAGGCCAAUAGGAGAUGAGAUCUACGGGCUGGCGGUGCUGCUCGGGGCCGGCUCAGCCACCAUCCUGGUCACCUCCCUGUCUAUGACUGCAGAUCUCAUCGGCACCAACACGCACAGCAGCGCGUUUGUCUACGGUGCCAUGAGCUUCACGGACAAGAUGGCCAAUGGCCUGGCUGUGAUGUUGAUCCAGAACCUGCACCCCUGCCCGACUGAGCUGUGCUGCCCUGCCUGUGUCGACUUCUACCGCUGGGUGAUGGUGCUGGUCACUGGUGGCAUCGGUGUCGCCGCUGUCACCACACUGUGCUCCAUCAUGGUGUGGCCCAUCCGGAUCCGCUACCGUGCUGUCAGCCUGCAGGGGCUGAGCAGGGCAAGGACCCCUGAAAGUGGCACUGGGAGCACUGAGGGAGAGAGCCAGAGCAGCACCAUCAACUGAGCGGGGCUGUGUCCUCAGCCACCAUGUCCUGGGCCACCGCGGUGCCACGCUCCGAGUCUGGAGGUUCCCCUGCACUGGGGGCCACCCUGUCUCCUUGCACUGGACUCACAUUCCCACCCUGACCUCAUGUCCCCAUCCUGGACUCUGGUGUCCCAGACCCCGCCGGGCCAAUGAAGGCUGUCCCUGCUGCGGUGUCACCGGGGCAGGGUCACCUGUCACCUCUCACCUGCACAAUGAACACUAGAAGGGCCUAGGCCAG